AUGGGUCAAGAUUUUCUGCAGCUGAACCUCACCCCACCGUCGAUCCCCAUGUCCGAGGACUGCCUGUACCUCAACAUCUACUCGCCUGCACGUGCCCGUGAGGGCUCUGACCUGCCUGUGAUGGUGUGGAUCCAUGGUGGCGGGCUGACUAUGGGCAUGGCUUCCAUGUAUGACGGUUCUGCCCUGGCGGCAUUUGAGGACGUGGUGGUGGUCACCAUCCAGUACCGCCUGGGAGUCCUGGGCUUCUUCAGCACUGGAGACCAGCACGCCACCGGCAACUGGGGCUACCUGGACCAAGUGGCCGCGCUAUGCUGGGUCCAGCACAAUAUUGGAGGCAACCCUGGCCGGGUCACCAUUUUCGGCGAGUCUUCUGGUGGCACGAGUGUGUCUACGCAUGUGCUGUCACCCAUGUCCCAAGGUCUCUUCCACGGAGCCAUCAUGGAGAGUGGGGUGGCCCUGCUGCCCGGCCUCAUCACCAGCUCCCCCUGUGUGGUCCCAUUACAGGUGGUGGCCAACCUGUCUGGCUGCGGCCAGGUGGAUUCUGAGACACUGGUGUGCUGCUUGCGGGCCAAGAGUGAAGAGGACAUGCUGGCCAUCACCCAGGUCUUCAAGGUGUUCGCAGGGGUGAUAGACGGAGUCUUCCUGCCCAGACACCCUGAGGAGCUGCUGGAUCUCCUGACUUUCUUUUUUUUUUUUUAA